CGCUGAGGACUGGCGCUGAGGAGGCGGCGGUGGCUCCCGGGGCGUUUGAGCGGGCUCACCCGAGCCCGCGGGCCAACGCGGAUCCCGGCCCGACCGGCGGGACCGCCCCGGACUCCCCGCGGGCCUUCCUAGCCGCCAUGGAGGACGGUGUCUAUGAACCCCCAGACCUGACUCCGGAGGAGCGCAUGGAGCUGGAGAACAUCAGGCGGCGGAAGCAGGAGCUGCUGGUGGAGAUACAGCGCCUGCGCGAAGAGCUGAGCGAAGCCAUGAGCGAAGUCGAGGGUCUGGAGGCCAAUGAGGGCAGCAAGACCUUACAACGGAACCGGAAGAUGGCGAUGGGUAGGAAGAAGUUCAACAUGGACCCCAAGAAGGGGAUCCAGUUCUUGGUGGACAAUGAACUGCUACAGAACACACCCGAAGAGAUCGCCCGGUUCCUGUACAAGGGUGAGGGGCUGAACAAGACGGCCAUCGGGGACUACCUUGGGGAGAGGGAAGAGCUGAACCUGGCAGUGCUCCAUGCUUUCGUGGAUCUGCAUGAGUUCACUGACCUCAACCUGGUUCAGGCCCUCAGGCAGUUUCUGUGGAGCUUCCGCCUCCCCGGAGAGGCCCAGAAAAUUGACCGGAUGAUGGAGGCCUUCGCACAGCGAUACUGCCUCUGCAACCCUGGGGUUUUCCAGUCCACAGACACAUGCUACGUGCUGUCGUUCGCUGUGAUCAUGCUGAACACCAGCCUCCACAACCCCAACGUCCGUGACAAGCCGGGCCUGGAGCGUUUUGUGGCCAUGAACCGGGGCAUCAACGAGGGUGGGGACCUGCCUGAGGAGCUGCUCAGGAACCUCUACGACAGCAUCCGGAACGAGCCCUUCAAGAUUCCUGAGGACGACGGUAACGACCUGACCCACACCUUCUUCAACCCGGACCGCGAGGGCUGGCUCCUCAAGCUGGGCGGGGGCCGGGUGAAGACGUGGAAACGGCGCUGGUUCAUCCUGACAGACAACUGCCUCUACUACUUUGAGUACACUACGGACAAGGAGCCCCGCGGAAUCAUCCCCCUGGAGAAUCUGAGCAUCCGGGAGGUGGACGACCCCAGGAAACCUAACUGCUUUGAGCUGUACAUCCCCAACAACAAGGGGCAGCUCAUCAAAGCCUGCAAGACGGAGGCCGAUGGGCGCGUGGUGGAGGGCAACCAUAUGGUGUAUAGGAUCUCCGCGCCCACACAGGAGGAGAAGGACGAGUGGAUCAAGUCUAUCCAGGCGGCCGUGAGCGUGGACCCAUUCUAUGAGAUGCUGGCGGCGCGAAAGAAGCGCAUUUCCGUCAAGAAGAAGCAGGAGCAGCCCUGA